AUGGCACAGUACAAAUUCGAAGGAGAUAUUUCAAAUUUAAAUGAACACCAUGUGGCGUUCAUAACUAAAAUUAUUUCUGAGCAAGAUAUACAGGUCAAAAAAGUGACAUUUCAUUCAGUUGGAGAAGCAGGUGACAAUUAUGUGGCAAAUGUGAAAAGAAUUAACAUAGAAGGUGCUAAUAGAAGCAUGAAGAUGAUUGUGAAGAUCGCACCUACAAAUGAAGUAGUCCGUAAAUCAAUGCAUAUUGAGGCUGCAUUCAAUCGGGAGCAAGUUAUGUAUAUAGAAGUAUUACCUAAGUUGGUUUCACUACAAAAAGCAGCAGGCGUACCAGAAGAAGACCGUCUAAGAUACGCAACAUGUUACGGAUCUCUAGACGAAGCACCAAAUGAAGUGAUAUUAUUAGAAGACUUAAGUGAAUCAGAUUUUGUGAUGUUGGACAAACACACAUCUUUAACUGAUGAAUGUGUGAAAAGUAUUUUAAAAAACUUUGCUAAUCUACAUUCACUUUCAUACGCGUUGAAGAAAAAAGAACCAGACACUUAUGAUCACUUUAAAAGUACAUUACGUAGUCUGUGGCCACUUAUUGCUGAAACUCCAGAAUUUGUAUUAAAUAUCGAACAUAUUGAAGGAGCAGUACUGUCUGUGCUAGACGAUGAGAUAUAUAAAAGUGUAGUCAGAAAUAAAAUGUUAGAUAUGUUUAAAUCCAUGGUAAAAGUAACGAAAGGAGAUGCGGGCAAACAUGGAGUGAUUAUUCAAGCCGACGCUUGGACUAACAAUAUCAUGUUUAAAUAUGUGGGAGACACAUUGGUUCAAUCAAUCAUGAUUGACUACCAGUUAUCUUAUCUACAAAACCCUGCGAUGGACGUUCUUUACAUGAUCUUCAACUGUACCGAUCACGAGAUGAGAUCCAAGAACUUCUAUGACUGGAUAGACUAUUACCAUUUAGAACUAGAUGAAAACUUAUCAAACUUUGGCUUAAAAGCUAACUUAGUUUAUCCAAGGGAUCAGUUAGAUGCUGAUUUAAAAAGAUUUGCUAAACCGAUACUCGUGGCGCAAUCUGAUGGACAACAAAAACACUAA